UUGUCCUUUUUCCCCCUUAUCUACUUGGAGAGGGUCUUACCAUUUAGGACUGAGAGGCAAAGAGCCGAGGAGUAGAUAGCUAGAGAUAACAACAAUGGCUCUUCAAUACUCUUCUUCGUUAAUGUUCACUGCUCCUUCACCAAAAUCUCUCUCUUCUUCACCUAACAAAACCCCGUUUCUCGGUUUCUCCAUGGCAGCCCCUUCGUUUCAAUCAUUAGCCCUUUCCAGGAUCAAUCGGACAACCCAAAUUCGUAGCCAAGACAAAGCUGCUUAUAUUGCUCUUGACCAGCGAUGGAUGUUCGAAGAAUCUGAAAUCGAUGGCCCUGACAUUUGGAACGAGACAUGGUAUCCCAAGGCUGCUGACCAUGUGAACACUGACAAACCUUGGUAUAUCGUUGAUGCCACUGACAAAAUUCUUGGAAGAUUGGCAUCAACUAUAGCGAUACAUAUGAGAGGGAAGAAUCUGGCCACAUACACUCCAAGUGUUGACAUGGGUGCAUUUGUCAUAGUGGUUAAUGCUGAGAAGGUUGCUGUGUCUGGGAAGAAGAGGAGCCAAAAACUUUAUAGGAGGCACUCUGGCAGACCAGGUGGGAUGACAGUGGAGACUUUUGAUCAACUGCAACAGAGAAUUCCUGAAAGAAUCAUUGAGCAUGCUGUCCGUGGCAUGCUUCCCAAAGGAAGGCUUGGUAGACAACUAUUUACCCAUCUUAAAGUGUAUAAAGGUCCUGAACAUCCUCAUGAGGCACAGAAACCUGUUGAAUUGCCCAUUAGAGACAAAAGGAUACAGAAGCAGCGGUGAACUCUAAGCGAUUCUACUGAGGAGCGGUUCUCAUUUUUGACUGUUGAUACUCCUUUAAGUUGUCUGUUUAACAAGUGUUACCUCAUAUUUGAACUCCAAUAUUGUAGCUGGUCUCCUGCUAUUCUUCUGUAUGCUUUUUGUAGAGGUUUUCAUUACAAAUUUAUUUGCCUCCACCUUUUCUAAGCCAUUUAUGUUGUUUAGGGGUUUCAGUUCUAAUGAAUGUUUCUUCAAUGGUUCUUGUCA